AUUUAAUAAAUCAUAAAAUCCAAUAAAUAAUAACGACUGAUUUAAGUAAAUAAAAGCAAAAAAAGGCAAAACGAACUUAAUUAUAUUAAUCAAACUUACUGAAAAUGACCAAUAAAAUAACAAACUAAUAGAUGAAUGAAAACAAUUUGCCCAAUCAGAUAAAUCUGAAAGCGCUUGCCUUCUUUGUGUCCCCCGAGCUCAAAGGUUAAGCGAGAAACAGCAGCAGAUCCAGAUCCGCUUCAAGCCUUUUCAAUUUGGUUCUUUUUGAACUAUAAGACGAUGUCAAGAAGACCUACAGCUGGUCGCCGCCUUGCAGACAGUGGGAGCCUUCCUUUUGUGGGUUCAUUGCACUCGAAAUCCCAUCCCUCUCCACUCUUGUCUAUAGGCCUUUUUGUUGUGGGAGCUCUGCUGAUUGUUGGUUAUGUGUAUCAUGGCUCAGGUGGCAGGAGUGGCGACAUUGGCGCUUUAAAUAGACUUGAUGGUGGUGUUUCAUGUACUCAAGAAGUUCAGAGAGUAGUACCUAUUCUAAAGAAAGCAUAUGGCGAUAGUAUGCGUAAAGUGUUGCAUGUGGGGCCCGAUACCUGCUCAGUAGUCUCUCAGCUACUAAAAGAAGAGGAUACAGAAGCUUGGGGUGUAGAGCCAUAUGAGCUGGACGAACCCGAUAGAAACUGCAAGAGCCUAGUGCACAAAGGCGUCGUGCGUGUGGCUGAUAUCAAGUUUCCUCUUCCGUACAGGCCUAAAUCUUUCUCACUUGUCAUAGUCUCAGAUGCAUUAGAUUACUUGUCGCCCAAGUAUCUCAACAAGACUGUUCCGGAGCUUGCUAGGGUGUCUGCUGACGGCUUGGUUAUAUUUUCCGGUUACCCAGGUAAGCAGAGAGCUAAAGUGGCUGAGCUAUCCAAGUUUGGACGCCCAGCUAAAUUGCGAAGCUCAUCUUGGUGGAUAAGAUUUUUCUUCCAGACCAGCUUAGAGGAAAAUGAAUCUGCUGUCAAGAAAUUUGAGCAGGCAGCAACCAAGAAGUCCUACAAGUCAGCCUGUCAAGUUUUCCACCUCAAACCAUUGCAUUGAUCGUUGGAUAAAGUUAUUAGCUGAAAAUACGACAGUGUUUAAUCUGUCACUGGAAAUUGUGUAAUUUCUUUUUGCUAUGAAAGUUUGAGACACGCCUAAAUUAUUGAUCGUAACAUUUUUUUACAUUAUUGAGUUAAUGACAUCCCCCCUCUAGUCAAACAUAAAUCCCUUUCUCUACCCCUAGUUUGGUCAACAAGUAAUUUCCAUAAUCAAUUUUCCAUAAUUCUCUCCCAAGCGUUAUUUUCUCAACUUAACUCUCUUAAUUAUAAAA